ACCACCAGACGAAGCGAAGCUUUAUAACCACAUUCAUAUUCACAAUAUUCAACACGAUAUCUCCAUUUUUUCCCUGUUUCUUCGCACUGAAGAAAAAUCUGAAGCACUGCGAUUGGCGGUGGUUGUUGGAUUCAUAUAAUGGGGGCGGGUGCUUCGAAGAACACGGAUGGUGAGUUUAGUGGGAGUGAUGAAGAUGGGCAGCUGUACGUUUCGCUUAAGAUGGAGAAUCGUAAGCUUACAGGGGAGCUCGUUCCUCAUGUCUUUGGUUCUCUUCCGCUUGUGGGCUCCUGGGACUCUUCAAGAGCACUUUCUAUGGAACGGGAAUCGGUGUCAAUGUGGGAGUUGAGCUUUGUUGUUCCACCCAAUCAUGAAACUUUGGAUUUCAAGUUCCUCUUGAAGCCUAACCACAGCAAUUCACCUUGUAUUGUUGAGGAGGGUCCAAAUCGCCUGCUGAUUAGGGGGACAUUGCCGGAGGAUACCAGGCUUGCUUUGUUUAGGCUUGAGAGUGCCGAAGUUCUUGAGUAUGAAGUAUUCGUUAAAGUAGAUAGGGUUUCUCCGUUUGAUCUUGCAGCUAGUUGGAGGGCCUAUCAAGAAAAUUUUCGUCCUUCAUCCGUGCGUGGGAUUCCUGAUGUCAGCAUAAAUUCAGAGCCACAGACAGGCGGUGAGAAUGGCUCUUUCGUGGGUCUGGAUCUUGAUCUUGAACAUUAUGUUGUCCCAGCUCCCUCUACUUUGAAUUCAAUUGCAUAUACAGCCAACAUGACGGAGAAUCCCAGAUCACCAGUUGUUGGGUCUUGCAGCAGUACAUAUUCCAUCAGGGAUGUUGAUGUUCCAGUUGAUCGACCUGCAACUUCUAAGGGGAUGGAGAUUAUUGUUCCAGACCCAUCAAUGGCGUGUCAAGGUUCUGGACCGGUUGAAUCCAAGUCAGUGGGCACAUAUACAUCACUACAAAAGCAAGAUAGUCAGAGGGGAUAUUUUGUUGAUAGGGGUGUUGGGUCCCCUAGACUUGUAAAAUCCAGCUCUACAACUUUUACAACUAAUAUUAAUCUGGAAACUGAUACCAAGAAUUCAAUGCCAGCAGCUGCUGGAGCUGUUGCAGCUGCAGCUGUGGCUGACCAGAUGCUGGGUCCCAAGGAGGAUAGACAUUUAGCAAUUAUCCUGGUGGGUUUGCCAGCUCGAGGUAAAACUUUUACUGCAGCAAAACUUACAAGAUACCUUCGUUGGUUAGGUCAUGAUACCAAGCAUUUCAAUGUUGGGAAGUAUCGCCGCCUUAAGCAUGGAACUAAUCAGUCUGCUGACUUUUUUCGAGCUGACAAUCCUGAAGGCAUGGAGGCCCGCAAUGAGGUAGCAGCUUUGGCAUUUGAAGAUAUGAUAUCUUGGAUGCAAGAAGGUGGCCAGGUAGGGAUAUUUGAUGCGACAAACAGUACCAAGAAGAGAAGAAACAUGCUGAUGAAAUUGGCUGAAGGAAGAUGCAAGAUUAUAUUUCUGGAAACAAUAUGCAAUGAUGUAAACAUAAUAGAAAGAAAUAUACGUCUUAAAAUUCAGCAAAGUCCUGACUAUGCAGAAGAGACAGAUUUCGAAGCAGGGAUAGAAGACUUUAAAAACCGUCUGGCCAAUUAUGAGAAGGUUUAUGAACCUGUAGAAGAAGGAUCUUACAUUAAAAUGAUUGAUAUGGUCAGUGGGCAUGGUGGGCAUAUACAAGUCAUCCUGUACCACAAUUUGCCGAUAAACAUUUGUGUUCAUAUGGAGGCUGUACUUAAAUAA